UACAGAGUUUGGACGCUCUCCUUUCUCUGUUCCCGCUCGCCAAGCCGGCAGCGAUGAAAACCGGCCUUCUUCAAACCCCGAGACGAACUCCGAGCCCGGCGAGCCAUGGGGGGCGACCCAAGGAAACCCCUCAUCCUUCGAAGCACAACCCGAAGGUUCUCCCGAGAGCCUUAAUCCCUUCCUUGCUCCCCGAUCUCCUAUGCCCGAGCUCCGACUUCUCCGCCGUUCCGGAGGAUGUCCCUUUCGAAUCCCACGAUCUGAUCGAGUCGUCGCCAGAGGCGAGUAGCACCGUCGAAGAUCCAGCGGAGAGGAUCCCGGUCCCGCUAUCUCCAUUACCUGUAGCACUGGAGCCCGGAUUACAAGAAUCCAUCGAGAUCGACGUGCAGAAGGCAACGGAGGAGGAAAAGAUAGCUGUGGUGGAUCGGCUACGAGAGGCAAUGCUCGAGGUGAGGAAGUCGACGGACGUGAGCGCUGGAUCCAAGAAGCUUCUGGCUGCUCUGGUGGAGGUGGCGAUGGGAGACACGGGCGGUGAUCCGCGUGAGGAAAAUGGACGUUGGGAUUCGGCAUUCUGGGCGAAGGUACGGAUCGGGAUCCUUGGUUUCCUGAUUCUGCUGGUGGCGCUGAUGGACCUCCUGGCGAUCUCGACGGUCCCGAUCGGUGGCGAAGGAAGGGAUUUCUCCGGCCUGCCUCCUCCUACUUGAAGCGAAUCUCUACCAUAUCAUCCGUGGAAGUACUCUGUUGCUCGCGGAGGAGGCGACGGGUAGUGAUGUUGCGAUGGUAAUGGAGUGGGCUCGAUCCAUUACGUUGACGUGACAGCUAAUAAGGCUCGCUAUUAGAACCAAUUAAUGACAGAAUUAGGGGGUGAGUGCUUGCACUUACGUUUUGCUUUGCGAAGCCUGUAGAUGGAGACGCAUGACAAACACAACUGAGAAUUAAGUGUUAAGGGUGAACUUGGAUGGU